AAAUUUUUGGUAUCGGCCAUCCGGCGUCCCGCUUGGUCCCGCGUCACCCGCGUCAUUGUAGGACGCCAUUACUUUAGUGUAAUUUUAUUGAAAAAAUAUUUUAUUUUAUUAAAGUUAACUUGACUGUAGACUGUAGUAGAUAUGGCUGAAAAAUAUGAUAAAAAUGGAUACAACAGUGGUGACUUCAAACGUAAUACCACACAAGAGCAACCGCAAGAACCGGAACACGAGCAAGAUGGCGAAGAUACUUCCAAACUAAACGAAAAAGCCGGUGAAUAUAUGAGGGAAUUACUCAGUGAAAAAAUUAAAAUCAAUAAUGCCAAAUUCCCGAUUUCAUCGAAGCUCAUCGAUCAAGAGGUGGCUAAAGUACAGGCAACUGGCAGGGUGCCUCUCAAAGACGGCAAGUACCUUGAUGUGUACAGAGACAAACCCACAAAGGUCACUGUCAAAGUACUGGUGCCCAUCAAGGACCAUCCUAAGUUCAACUUUGUGGGAAAGCUUCUUGGACCCAAAGGUAAUACAAUGAAGAGUCUGCAAGAGGAGACCAUGUGCAAAAUGGCUGUUCUUGGCAGGGGGUCAAUGAGGGAUAGGCAAAAGGAGGAAGAGCUGCGCAACUCCCUCGAUCCUAAAUACACGCAUCUCAUGGACGAGUUGCAUGUAGAGAUUACUGCGCUCGCGCCGCCUGCGGAGGCGCAUGCGCGCAUCGCGUACGCGCUCGCCGAGGUGAAGAAGUACCUCACUCCAGACACUUCUGACAUGAUGUGGCAGACGCCAAUGAGGGAGAUGGAACGGCCUGAUGCUUAUCAUGAUGCCGGUGAGCAGCGGCGGCCGCUCCUCGCGAACCCCCCACCGCACCCGCAGCCCAAGCGCGUCCUGUACAGUGCGUGCACGGUGACGCCACGCUCGUACACGUACCGCGACCCGGUCGUUAGUAGUGUUGUGCCGGCAGGUGCCCGGCCCCCGCCGCCGCGCGUGCCGCCGCCGCGCGUGCCUCCGCCCCGCGUGCCGCCACCCCGCGGCCCGCCGCCGCCGCCCAAGACCAAGGUGUUCAGCAUACUGGACCGCGCACGCACGGCCAUGGAGUCCUCCUAUAGCUACGAGGACCCGUACGGAGCACAGCCCGAGCCGCCGAUCCGCGGGCCUCCCCGCGCUUCAGAGGCGGACAUGUACUACGAGCGUCCUCACGAGCGCUACUACGAGGAAGAGAGUUACUACAAGGAGGAGCCGCGCGAGUACAAGUCUGCGCGCGAGGUGGGCACGCGCCGGCCCACCACGCAUGCGCCACACGCCGCACACGCGCCGCACGCGCCCCACGCGCAACAACGCCACUACGGCGCACGCUCAUCGCCCUACGCUCGCCCGCCUAAGCACGUGCCUACCCAAAAGAAGCGCGCAAUGUAAGUCGACGGUGAGUAAAAUACAGUUGGACGCAAACUAAUGACCUCAAAUAUAUGGCAGUAAGCAAAUCAAGACAAACAAAUAAUAAACUCGGAAGAAAACCUCGACUUGCGUAUCAACUAAUAAUAAAAAAAAAAACAAAAACAUUCAAAAUGAAAACAUUGAUGAUUUGCUGACAAAUUAUGUUAAUUUAAUUAAUUUUAUCAUAUUUUCAUAGUGUAGGUACAAAAGUACAUAAAUAUAUCAUAUACAAAAAAAAUGCAUAAAAAGCAAUAAUUAAUUUCCGUGUUAAAAAAAGGGUUAUUCGUAACCAAAAGAAAAUUUAUGCAUUAAGAUACUAUUAUAGGCAACUAAUAUUUUUUUAUAAAUUUCAACAUGUUUUAAGUAAAAAUAUGCACGUGGAUUUUUAAAAUUAAGAAUAUAAUCGUAAAAAAUAGUUGUAGUAUAAAUAAUAAUUAAUUUUAACGGUAUAAUAUACAGCUUUUCGAUGAGUCUGAGGUGAAACAUGUUGAACAAAAUACAAUUGUAUUGCAAAAUUUGUGUGACUAAAAAUAAAAAAAUAUACAAAAAUUUAAA